UUUUUGGCGCGUCGCACGUCCUCCGGGUUUGCUCGACCCGCCGUUCGUCAAACCGGAAGUGGAAGAUUCAGUCCAAGUCCACAAACUCGAGCGGUUGUUCUCGUCCGGCCGCUUUCCUCGCGGGCAGUUCCAAAGUCGACCUGCGCGCUAAGGGGGCGCUGCGGCUCGCGCGCCGUUGUCACGGCGACGUCUCGGCGGCGCUCGCCGCCUCGCCUCGCUUCGCCCCGACCAAAUCCCCUUUGUCGGGACUGAAACCGAGUCGUCGGCUCGGUUUGUGUUUGACAGCGGGCGACAAGUGCGGGGAAGUUGGCCCGCUGCCAUGUCGGAGGAGGACGGCCGCAAGAUGAAGACUUCGAGCAGCUCGGACGACAAAAAGAAGAAGCGGAGGAAGAAAAGAAAGAGGAGAAAGAAACUCGGUGCUCCGCACACACCGCAACAAGCGGCCCUGGCGGAACUCAACCCGGCAGUCAAGCCGCCCGAGCCGGCGCCUCGAGGUCAGACGCCGAAGCGGCGGGCGGCGUGCAAGAAGAGCAAAGAGCCCCCGAGAGAGCCGCCGCUCCCCCUCGCCUCGGACGGCGAUCUCAAGGAGCCCCGCCCGGCCGGGUCCCGGGUGCCGCCCCCGACGCCGUCGCCCACGCCGCCGGACGCGCAGGUGAGCGAGUGUCUGAGGUGGGAGGGGGCCCUGCAGGACCCCCGGGCGGAGGAAGAGCGGCUGGAGGCGUACCGGGCCAACAGGAGGCGCCGCUACGCCGCCCAGCGAGACGCUCCGCCGGCGGCCCCCCUCGCCCGGACCCCCGCGCCUCCUCUGAGCCGCCGCGCGUUCUGAAGGACAAACGGCUUUUCGAGGUCCGCCCGCCGCAAUGGCUUUGCGCUUUGGAACCCAUCUCAAGUCGGCGAGUCGCUUGGUCACUCGCCGGCAGUUUUUCAACGAGCGCUGCGUCCAAAUCACCUUCCGGAACUCCCUCGUCGAUACCGAGGGAUAGGAGUGGACGUU